AUGGAUUUUCGUCCUGGCCGUGGGAUUUAUGACUUGCAAAUAAAAAACACCUCAUACAAUCGCGAUAAUGGCCGUUUCGAGUGUCGGAUCAAGGCCAAAGGCACAGGUGCCGAUGUACAUCAGGAAUUUUACAAUUUGACAGUUUUGACACCACCACAUCCGCCCAUGAUAACACCCGGUAAUAUUGCCAUUGCCACUGAGGAUAAGCCAUUGGAGUUGACUUGCAGUAGUGUGGGUGGCUCACCGGAUCCGAUGAUAACCUGGUAUCGCGAGGGCAGCACCGUGCCAUUACAAUCAUACAUUCUGAAAGGCGGCUCGAAGAAUCAUUACACCAAUGCCACAUUGCAAAUAUUGCCAAGACGCGCUGACGAUGGCGCCAAAUAUAAAUGUGUCGUUUGGAAUCGUGCCAUGACCGAGGGUCAUACGCUGGAGACAACUGUCACGCUGAAUGUGAACUUUUAUCCACGCGUCGAAGUUGGACCGCAAAACCCUCUCCGUGUCGAACGAGAUCACAUUGCCAAGUUGGAGUGUAAUGUCGACGCAAAGCCAAAAGUCUCGAAUGUGCGUUGGUCUCGCAACGGGCAAUAUGUCAGCGCUACGCCUACCCACACCAUCUUUCGCGUGGGGCGACAUCAUGCAGGUAAAUAUACCUGCACAGCCGACAAUGGAUUGGGCAAAUCUGGCGAAAAGGACAUAGUACUAGACGUGCUCUUCCCACCCAUGGUCGUCAUCGAAUCAAAGACACACGAAGCCGAAGAAGGUGAAACAGUAUUAGUACGCUGUAAUGUUACCUCCAAUCCACCGCCCAUCACCAUUGAAUGGUUGAAAGAAGGUGCGCCAGACUUUCGUUUUACUGGCGAGCUACUCACCUUGGUAUCUGUGCGCGCCGAACAUGCCGGCAACUAUAUUUGUCGCGCCGUCAAUCUCAUGAAUCCCUACAAUUCCAAGCGUAUAGAAGGUGUUGGCAAUUCCACAGUAGCGCUGCUGGUGCGACAUCGUCCCGGACAGGCCUACAUAACGCCAAAUAAGCCGAUCGUGCAUGUGGGCAAUGGCGUGACCCUCAGCUGCUCAGCCAACCCGCCAGGCUGGCCAGUGCCGCAGUAUCGCUGGUUUCGCGACGUGGACGGCGAGUUUAGUAACACGCAAAAGAUAUUGGCGCAAGGUCCGCAGUACUCCAUACCAAAGGCACAUCUCGGCAGUGAGGGCAAAUACCACUGCCAUGCCGUGAAUGAGUUGGGAAUCGGUAAGAUGGCUACCAUUAUACUAGAAGUACAUCAGCCACCGCAGUUCUUUGCCAAGCUGCAGCAGCACAUGACGCGGCGCGUAGGCGAUGUAGACUAUGCAGUCACUUGUAGUGCGAAGGGUAAGCCAACGCCCAUUAUACGCUGGAUUAAGGAUGGCACCGAAGUGCUGCCGGGUCGAAAAUUGUAUGAUAUACGUACAACGCCGUCGCAGGGGCAGGGUGGUGUGGUAACUGUGCAAAGCAUAUUGAAAUUUCGUGGUAAAGCACGACCGAAUGGCAAUCAAUUGGUGCCUGCUGAUCGUGGGCUAUACACUUGCCUCUAUGAGAAUGAAGUGAACUCGGCCAACUCUAGCAUGCAUUUGCGCAUUGAGCAUGAACCGAUCGUGUUGCAUCAGUACAACAAGGUGGCUUAUGAUGUGCACGAAUCGGCGGAGGUAAUCUGCAAAGUGCAAGCCUAUCCAAAGCCAGAGUUCCAAUGGCAGUUCGGCAAUAAUCCCUCGCCUUUGACAAUGUCCUCAGAUGGUCAUUACGAGAUUGCUACACGUACGGACAACAACGAUGUCUACACCUCGAUACUACGCAUAAAUCACAUCUUACACUCGGACUAUGGCGACUACACUUGCCGCGCAGUCAAUCCACUAGACACGAUACGCACGCAGAUUAGAUUGCAACCGAAGGGUGCACCCGAAAAACCAACCGCUUUGAAGGCAAUGGAAAUAUCACACAAUUAUGCCAUACUCAGCUGGAUACCGGGCUUCAAUGGUGGCAUGCUUAGCACAAAAUUCCUUGUCACUUAUCGGCGUGUGGCAACACCACGCGAACAAACGCUUUCCGACUGCGCCACGCACACCUACACUUCAGCGCUGGCGAGCAGCCUUAGCAGCGCUGGCAGCAGCGGUGGUGGCAUCAGUUCAGCCGAUUGGCUGGAGUUCGACUGUUAUCGCGAAAAUCCUUGCAAAGUGAUGCCCCUGGAUCAAUAUCAAAGUUAUAUGUUCAAAGUGUAUGCGCUCAAUUCGAAAGGAAGUUCGGGCUACUCAAACGAAGCGCUGGCCACCACAAAAGUGAGUAAAAUCCCGCCACCACUUCAUGUCACCUACGAUCCCAGCUCACAUGUUUUGGGUAUCAAUGUGGCGGCGACAUGUCUGUCAUUAAUUGCUAUUGUCGAAUCGUUGGUGAAUCGCGAAACGCCAUUGGCCACUUGGGAGAUUGUGGAUACGGUGACAUUGCUGCCGUCCGGCACAGAGGCCACAUUCAAAGAAGCCGUAAUUAAUCACAUUCCACAAACGACACACUACAGCGCGUCUGGCCGUACUUUGGGCCAUGCAGAGGACAUAACAUUGGCGCUGGCAGAGACGGCGCAAGGGCCGACGGUGCGUGUGAAAUUGUGUUUGCGUACGAAUCACGACCAUUGCGGACAAUAUGCGAAUGCGGAGAUUGGCAAAUCAUACAUGCCCGAGACGUCAACGCUAACGACAUCCGCCGUAAUAGCCAUAAUCGUCUCAUCCAUCGCAUUCCUAGUGCUCGUCGCCUUCCUAUUGCUCUUUUGCCACUGUCGACGCGUCGCGUCCAAUAAGAAGAGCACCACCUCACCCGCCAAAGAAUACGACCUCGACUCGGGUCGUCCAUCCAUUGUCGCGCAAACAAAUCAAGCGCCACCACCCUAUUAUCCCACCGGUAGUCUGGAUAGCAAAUCAUUGGACUCGCAUGCGAUGGAGCUAACACUCACCGCUGUGCAGGAUACCGAGGAGCAGCUGCAUCAACAGCAACAGCAACAGCAAAAAUCUGCGGCCGCCGUCUAUGGCUCACAGAAUGGUUAUGGUUAUCAUGUCACAUCAGCUCUUGGAGGUGUUGGCAGCGUUAGCGGCGUGGGCAAUGAUGAGGAUAGCUAUCAAGUGACGCCAUUAGCGCACUCGGCCAUCGCGAGCCGCAGCGAGUGGUCUUCUGGCCUGCACUACCCAUCAACCGAGAAUAAUUACGCCACCAAAUCGAACAGCAUCUGCAGCAGUCUAGCCAGUGCACAGGAUACGUUGUGGCGUGUGAAAAUGGCUGCCGCACAACAACACUCCUCGGUAGCGGUAGCUGCAGCGGCGGCGGCGGCAGCCGCUCAAAUCUACAUCGAACAACCGACCGGUUCGGUGACGUAUGGCACUUGUCUAGAUCCGCUGACGCAAUGCGUCGUUGACUAUGUCGGAUAUCCGGUGCCACCGCCACCGCACAUAACGCAAAUAUCCGCCUCGGCGUCAACGAUGGCAACAUCUACGGCUGGCAAUUGUGGCAGUCCACAUGAUUUUUCAAACACCAGCCAAGGAUCUUGUGCGCCAGCCAACAGCGGUUUGAGCGUUGUCAGCCAAGCCGCCAUUGGAGAAAGUAGUCAGCGGCAAGAGUACGCGGAUGAGCUGCAACAGUUGCAAGAGCAACAUCAGCAUCAGCAGCAGCAACAACAACAACAACCACAACAACAGCUGCAAUCACCGCCACAGCCGCCACAACGUUUUGGCACACUGAAAAAAUCGCGACAGCAACAGCAACGAAUGGAGCAGCAGCUAGCGGACAUCAUACAGGAUUUAGCUAAUUAAUUAAAUCAAACAAGGAGGGAAAAAAGCAAAAACAAAAACAACAACAAAGCAACUGAUAUUAAAUUUUUUAUAUAUG